AUGACCGACGCUGCCUUCUUCCUACCUGGCUCCUCAAUGAUGCGCUCCGUGCCGGUGCCUUCACAGCAGAACCUCUACUCCACAGCGAUCUAUAACCACCAUCCACUGUCCGACCUCCACGACAUGUCCGAUAUCAUUGCCUAUCAGAUGGAGCGCGACCAAGCGCGCGACCCCAGCAUGGACCAGCUCUUUGCGCAACAGUCACCGGCGUUCUUCCAGUCGGACCUCGAGACCCCGCCGAGUCUGUCCGCCGGCGAGCCGUAUGAGAAUCCCAUGCUCCUCAGCCCUAACCGGGGCUCUCACUCGCACUCGCACUCCCAUUCCCCCUCCACCUCCACCACGACCAGCGCCGCCUAUUCCCCCAUGUCCGAUCAAUGGAUUCACCCGGGUCCCGAUUACUACCCCGUCCCCACAGCCAGCAGCGUCUGCAGCCGCCGAAACAGCAUCAACAGCCUAGCCUACAAUUCCCACUCUCACCAUCACCAGUCCCACCACCACCAAGACUCCUGGGACCUCCAUCAGCAGCAGCAGCAGCAACAACAACAACAACAAAACGCCCCCUCCAAAGACCUCACCAGCUACGGUCUCCCCUUGGGGGACGGCACCUGGCGCUGCGCCUACCCGGGCUGCACGUCGUCGGCCGUCUUCCGACGCGGCUGCGACCUGCGCAAGCACUACAACCGCCACCGCAAGCACCUCUUCUGCCGCCACGACGGCUGUCCGCAGGCGGUGACAGGCGGGUUCUCCAGUAAGAAGGACCGUGACCGGCACGAGGCGAAGCACAACCCCCUCGUGGAAUGCGAGUGGAGUGGAUGCGGACGGGUGUUCAGCCGGGUUGACAACAUGAAAGAUCACGUGAAGCGAAUUCAUCGUCGGAGGGAUUAUUGA